CCCUCCGCACGUCCUCCGCCUCGGUCGUGCUCGCAUCGGACAGCUAGCUGCGCCGUUGCACAGUCUUGAACCUACGAACCAACACCCCCUCCGCCACCCCGCCCUCUCCAGCAGCUUUGUAAUUGAAGUAACCGAGCUACGCGAACUCCGAAACCAUGACGAGCUACCACAAACCCGACGAGAAGACUCUGCAGGGGCUGAAAGACGUCGCCAACAAGCUCAGGAUCAACUCCAUCAAGGCGACGUGCGCCUCCAACUCCGGGCACCCCACAUCAUGCUGCAGUGCAGCGGAGCUCAUGUCCGUGCUCUUCUUCAACACCAUGCGCUACAAAGCAGACGACCCUCGCAACCAGUGCAACGACCGCUUUGUGCUGUCAAAGGGUCACGCUGCACCCAUCCUGUAUGCUGCAUGGGCAGAGGCCGGUUUCGUGAAGGAGUCUGAGUUGCUCAACCUGCGCAAGGUUGACUGUGACCUGGAGGGGCACCCCACACCCAAACUGGCCUUUGUUGACGUGGCUACAGGAUCUCUGGGACAGGGUCUCGGGGCUGCCUGUGGGAUGGCCUACACUGGCAAACAUUUUGACAAAUCAGGAUACCGUGUGUACUGCAUGAUGGGCGAUGGAGAGUGUUCAGAGGGCUCCGUGUGGGAGGCCAUGGCCUUUGCCUCCUACUACAAGCUGGACAACUUGGUGGCGAUCAUGGAUGUCAACCGGCUCGGUCAAAGUGAAGCUGCACCCCUGAAGCAUGACAUGGAGACCUACCGCAAGCGCUGUGAAGCGUUCGGGUGGAACACGUAUGUUGUGGAUGGACACGAUGUGGAGGAGCUGUGCAAAGCUUUCUGGCAGGCUCAGCAGGUGAAGGACAAACCCACUUGCAUUGUAGCCAAGACGUUCAAGGGCAAAGGGCUCAAGAACAUUGAGAAUCUUGAUAAUUGGCAUGGCAAGCCCAUCCCCAAGGACCGAGUGGAUGACGUCCUGAAAGACCUGCAGGCUCUGAUCCAGGUCCCCAACAAGACUCUUACCCCUAAGCUGCCCAAAGACGACACUGCACCCGCAGACCUUAGCGUCAUCUCCCUGCCGUCACCCCCUGCAUACAAGAAGGGAGAAAAGAUGGCAACGAGGCGUGCGUACGGCGUCGCCCUGGCCAAGAUGGGGGAGGCAAGUAAGCGAGUGGUGGCCCUUGAUGGAGACACCAAAAACUCCACCUUCUCAGAGACCUUCAAGAAGGCGUUCCCCGACCGCUACAUUGAGUGCUUCAUCGCUGAGCAGAACAUGGUGGGAGUGGCCAUUGGCUGCGCUACCAGAGACCGCACGGUUGCAUUUGCCAGCACAUUUGCUGCCUUUUUCUCCCGCGCCUAUGACCAGAUCCGCAUGGGAGCCAUCUCCCAGACCAAUGUCAACCUGGUGGGGUCCCACUGCGGAGUCUCCAUCGGCGAGGAUGGUCCUUCCCAGAUGGCCCUCGAGGAUCUGGCCAUGUUCCGCGCCAUUCCAACAUGUACAGUGUUUUACCCCAGUGAUGCGGUAUCCACAGAGAGGGCUGUUGAGCUGUCGGCAAACACCAAGGGUAUCUGUUUUAUCCGUACCAGCAGACCAGACACUGCCGUCCUCUACGCUCCAGAUGAAAAGUUCAAAGUGGGCCUAGCAAAGAUUGUGCGCCAGUCUGACAAUGACUGCGUGACUGUGAUUGGAGCUGGCAUUACUCUGCACGAGGCCCUCUCUGCUGCUGAUACGCUGGCCAGUGAAGGAAAGAAAAUCCGCGUAAUUGACCCAUUUACCAUCAAGCCCUUGGAUGCAGUUACCAUUCUGGCCAGUGCCAGAGCCACAGGGGGAAAGAUCAUCACUGUGGAGGACCACUACAAGGAGGGUGGUCUUGGUGAAGCAGUGCUGUCCGCAGUGGGCAAGGAGCCUGGCAUUGUUGUAACCCAGCUGGCAGUGACUGGUGUUCCCCACAGCGGCAAGCCGCAGGAGAUGCUCGACCUCUUCGGCAUCAGCGCCAAGCACAUUGCCGAAGCAGUGCGUCAGACCGUUGCAAACUGAGGACCGCGCCUCUCGCGUGAGGCUCCGCCUAUCACUUCUGUGCCGGCUUUAGCUUUGACUUGAGGGCACUGUGCUAAACCUGUAUGGGGAGGGAUGGGAGUAGGAUUGCAGUGUUUUCAAAGCGUACCCUCUAGUACAUUCUUUCCUGUAUCCUUUUUUUUAUCAUGUGUUCAAAAUAGUGUCUUGACAGAAGCUCCGACAAACAUCACUGAAUACUGUAACCGAUUAAAAAGCAGAAGCGGUUCUGAUCAGGCCUCCUGUUUAGCAUUCAAUCCUUUUUUUUUUUUUUCUUCCCGCAGUCCAUACAACAAUGACUCCCAUCUUACCACUUGUUUAGGGUUAAGCCAGUUUUAGUUAUGAAUAGUGACAUUCCUCCUCCUUGGUUCUGUCUACAUGGACAUCACAACCAGCUAUUAGUUUUCCAGGGCACUGACUCAUCCCUUUGUACCUGUUGUGCUGAAUUAAAAAAUUAAGCAAAG